AAAAGGGGUUUUUCAUUUUCUCCUCAUAUUUUUUGACCUUUCCUCUUAUCGUCCUUCUGUUCUCCAUCAUGGACUCUCUCUCUCUCUCUCUCUCUCGCUCUCUCUCUCUCUCUCCUCUAGUUCAUGCAUGAACUAGUUCCUCAUCUCCCUUUGCUCAGCGGCCAAUCAAUAUUAUUUUCACCCACAAGUCCUUCAAAACGAUAUAUGGCUUCCAUGAACUGGUUGGGUUUCUCUCUUUCCCCUCAAGAACUCCCAUCGCAGCCUGCUGAUCAAGAUCACUCUCAAAACACCGAGCCUCGCCUUGCCUUCAACUCUGACGACAUCUCCGGUACAGAUGUCUCAGGCGACUGCUUCGAUCUCACUUCUGACUCGACUGCUCCAUCCCUCAACCUCCCUCCACCUUUCGGCAUACUUGAAGCAUUCAAUAGAAACAAUCAAGCUCAAGAUUGGAAUAUGAAGGGUUUAGGGAUGAACUCGAGUACUAACUACAAGACCACCACAGACCUAUCUAUGCUAAUGGGUAACCCGUGCAGUAGCCAAAACCUUGAAAACCAAAACCAGCCAAAGCUCGAGAACUUCCUCGGCCGACACUCGUUUGGGCAUCACGAAAACGCCGCAUACAAUAACAAUGGUGACUACAUGUUCAAUAACUGUUCCUUACAGUUACCCUCAGAAGCAGCAAACGGCGUGGCAAGCAGUGGCGCUGGCGGUUGUAGUGGUAGCAUCCACAACAAUAACUCUAUUGGUUUGUCCAUGAUCAAGACCUGGCUGAGGAACCAACCGGCACCAACGCCGGCUCAGCAGGAUAACAAGAACGAUGGUGCGGGUGCAAGUAGUGGUGGAAAUAACGGAAGCCUAGCAAGUGCACAAACCUUGUCGCUCUCAAUGAGCACCGGAUCACAGUCUAGCUCGACACUGCCACUUCUUACGGCGAGUACUACUGGUGGUGCAAGUGGUGGAGAGAGUUCCUCAUCGGAUAAUAAGCUGCAGAAGACAACACCUGGGCUUGAUAGCCAAACUGGUGCUAUCGAGGCAGUGCCAAGAAAAUCCAUUGAUACAUUUGGACAGAGGACUUCUAUAUACCGUGGUGUAACAAGGCACAGAUGGACGGGCAGAUAUGAGGCUCAUCUUUGGGAUAAUAGUUGUAGAAGAGAGGGACAAACUCGUAAAGGAAGACAAGUUUAUUUGGGAGGUUACGACAAAGAAGAAAAGGCAGCAAGAGCUUAUGAUUUAGCAGCACUGAAAUACUGGGGUACAACUACCACUACAAAUUUUCCUAUUAGCAACUACGAGAAAGAGUUGGAAGAAAUGAAGCACAUGACCAGGCAAGAGUAUGUUGCGUCUUUGCGAAGGAAAAGUAGUGGGUUUUCACGGGGUGCAUCUAUUUAUAGAGGAGUGACAAGACACCACCAGCAUGGACGAUGGCAAGCAAGAAUAGGAAGAGUUGCAGGGAACAAAGACCUUUACUUGGGAACCUUUAGCACCCAAGAGGAAGCAGCAGAGGCCUAUGACAUUGCUGCCAUCAAGUUCCGAGGACUGAAUGCAGUAACAAACUUUGACAUGAGCAGAUAUGACGUUAAAAGCAUACUGGAGAGCAGCACUUUGCCCAUUGGUGGGGCUGCGAAGCGUUUAAAGGAUGUUGAACAGGCUGAGAUGACUGUGGACGGGCAAAGAACAGAUGAUGAAAACAUCACUUCUCGGUUAACCGAUGGAAUCAAUGGCUAUGGUAGUGCUGUACACCAUGGCUGGCCUACUCUUGCAUUCCAACAAGCUCAACCUUAUAGCAUGCACUACCCAUAUGGGCAAAGGGUUUGGUGUAAGCAAGAACAAGAUUCUGAAGCUCCCAACAACUUUCAAGAUUUUCAUCAGUUACAACUGGGAAAUACCCACAAUUUCUUUCAGCCUAAUGUUUUGCACAACCUAAUGGGUAUGGACUCAGCUUCUAUGGAGCAUAGUUCUGGCUCUAACUCUGUCAUUUAUGGCAGUCAAGGAGGCGCAGAUGGUAAUGGUGGAGUUGGGUAUGGAAGCAAUGGUGGCUAUGCAAUCCCUAUGAGUACGAUAAUUACCAACGACAGCAACCAAAGUCAAGGCAAUCACGGAACUUUUGGUGAUAGCGAGGUGAAGGCACUUGGUUAUGAAAACGUGUUUGCCUCAGCAGAUCCUUACCAAGCCAGGAACUUGUAUUAUCUUUCACAGCAUUCAACGGCAAGUGUGGUUAAGACCACUACCGCUUAUGAUCAGGGCUCGAUGUGCAACAAUUGGGUGCCAACUGCUGUGCCAACUCUCGCGCCGAGGUCAAGCAAUAUGGCUGUUUGCCAUGCAGCAGCUCCAACUUUCACGGUGUGGAAUGAUACCUAAAGAAUUAAAGGGAUGAAAAAUGGAUUGGAAGAGUGAACGAUGUAGGGAGAAAAAAGUAUGUACACACCACUGAUUUCCUAGUUUUGAUUUUUCAUUCUCCUGUCUUCCUUCAAGUAGUAAUUUACUAAAUGACCCAAGGAAGAUAGGCCUCGUUUUUUUCGUCUCCUUUGUGAGUUCUAACUUGCAGGCGUGCAAAUUUUAUAAGGAUCUAGCCAUAAUAGCUGAAGUUCAGCAA